AUGCCUGCGCCCAAGAGAGAUCGAAAUAUCCCCCCUGGAAUCGAGGACGAAAGCAGACGAACUAUCACCAACAAAAACACGGGCGAAACAGUCACAUGGGACAAAUACGGUUAUGAAACGAAAGGAGAAAAGGCCAUUGCCACUGCUGUCUGCCAACCUGGCGGCGGCCCCCCUCUUCACUACCACACAUCAUAUGCGGAGCGAUUUCAGCCAGUGGAAGGAGUGCUAGGUGUCAUGUUGGGAGACAAAGAAGUCCAUCUCCAACCGGGCGAGGCAGCCGAUAUCCCCAUCGGAAUGCACCAUCGAUUCUUCAACGACACCGACAAGGACGUCACCAUGAAAGCCUGGGUUCUUCCAGCGCAUGCCGGAUUUGAGAGAAGUUUGUACAUCCUUUUCGGACUCAAUAACGAUGGUCUGGCGGAUCCCAAAACUGGAAUGCCUCAUAACAUGUUACAUACAGCCAUCGUGGCGGACCUUGGCGAUAUGAGAUUUCCUGGGUUUCAAGGUGGAUUGAUCAAUUACUUCACCAAGAUUUUGGCCUUGGUUGCAAGAUGGCGUGGGGUGGAAGAGGAGUUGCUGCAAAAGUAUUGGGAUUAA